UGGCGCGAAGUAAGUUGGAUGCUUCCAUGUAGCGAAUCGGUUGCGUGCCGUGGACCAUAAUGGGUUGCAACACUAGCCAGGAGAUACCGAGCUACGGCGGUGGACAGAAGACGACGGACUCGGCCGCUGCCCUUGGUGAGCUGCUGGAAGGUGAUAUUGAAGAGGUCGAGCAGGCAGCUACAAAGAUCCAGGCAGCGUUCCGUGGUCACAAAGUGCGCAGAGAAAUGAAGCAAGGAGACGGUGUUACUGGUGCCGAAGGUCAGCAGAAGCAGGACCAGGAACGGGAACCGACCAAGGAGGAGCUGGAGGCCGAAUUCGACCCGAACGACCAAGAGUUGACUCACGCCGCAACCCGUAUUCAGGCCAGCUUCCGUGGCCACAUGGCCAGAAAGACGGCCGGUGCCGACAAGGGCGAGGACGAAAAGAAGGAGGUGGAUAUUGAUGAAAUUACCAAAAAGGUGGCCGAAGAGCUGGACAUCGAUAUGGACGAUCCGGAGCUGCACAAAGCGGCCAGCAAAAUUCAGGCCUCCUUCCGCGGUCACAAGGUGCGCAAGGAGGUGCCGAAGGAGAACGAAAACUAAGCGCUGGCGUGCGCCAAAAAAGCAGUUUCUUACACGCGUCGAAGCGUCGGCCACGAACCCUUUUUGGUAAACGAGAUCGUCCUCUCACCAUCCAUCGCCAACGGUGAUGGCAUGGUCCCCCAUUCCUCCCUGUUCGUCGGUCGGGGCGGAGGGAGUGGAGGAGAGAGAGAGAAAGGGAGAGAAAGGGAGGGUAUUUUUGUGUGUGUACGUGGCAUCGGACAGCGUACCACGAGUAGAACGCAAUUUGUGGACAUUUAAUGAUAAAUCUAAUAAAAAAAAGAAAACAAACAAAACCUAAAUAAACGGAUGAAUGCACUUGUUAUGAUUUUAUAAAUUUUAUCGAUUUUAUCGAAUCGAAUAUGAAACUAGAAAAUCAAUCCUAAAGUAUAGAACCAACAAAACCAACAGUAAACAGAAACAAUUACACAAACAUCCACUCACACAGACACACACUAGCUCCUCUACUGAACGUUUGUGCGAAUUUCUAGCAAAUAAUGUAUAACAGAACAGUCCAGCAAAGGGGAUCUCGAUCAAAGAAAGUGGGAUAACACACCAGGUAGACAGACGAAAGGAAACGUAUAAAAGAAAGGUAAAGCAUAAUUAAAGCGAGAAACACCGAAAAGAUAAAUACACAACCGACACCGUAAGUGUAACGAUCGAGUAUGAAAGAUCAUUAAAAAAAGAAACUACUACAAAACAAAACACAAAGUUUACUCUUUAAGCUAAUAAUGCAAAACAUUAGAAAGAUGAUAUAAAUACAACCAUGAAUUACUAAACACGGUAAAUCAUUUCUACUAAAUAAUCACUUUAAAGAAAAACAAACAUCCACACAGAAGAGAACGCUAAAACGAAAAAAAAAAACAAAUUACGAAAACUCAAGUCUCGAACCCAUGUUGUAAUGCCCGUGUUUCAUUUUGCCUCAGCAGACAGCCUCCACCAAACAGCGAUCGAAGUAAGGGCCAGAGAUUGUGGUACAAGACGAUUGGGACACGCUGUGUAAGUUGUUGCACCGACCAGGUAGUAGGAUGAAGCCCAAUAAAAAAAGAAAGCGUAAGAAGGAUAAGCGAGAGCAUGUUUUACAUCAGGAUACCCACUUUUCAAGCGUGCCAUUUUCCUGUAGGCCUCCAUUCCAUCGGACGGUUUAAAUAGAUGAUAAUUAAACGCACCGAAUCGAAAUUACGGCGUACGAGCCAGCCACAAUUCAUUUGCUGAACCUGCUUCGCAGUUAUUAAGCUGCCGGUGGGCCAAAGCUACCGUACCGUAAUAGACACACCUUCACAACAGCGUAGCGUGGAACGGUUGUACACCCUCUCCCAAAAACUCAAUUCUAACCCCAUACGCCCAAAAGGCUGCAAUUUGCUCCGAUUUGUAACGUGGAACGUUGGCAAACGUGGUGAGGAAAGCUAGUGGAGGACAAAUGUCACCGCCAUGAAUGUAAUACUGUCAAUAGGCAAAAUAAAUGCAUAACUACAUUGAGCUUUAAAUCCCACAA